AUGUCGUCCUACGACGAGGUCGACCUCGAGGACAUGGAAUGGAACGCGGAGCUCGGCGCGUUCACGUACCAGUGCCCGUGCGGGGACCUGUUUCAGAUCAGCCCCGAGGAGCUGCGCGCGGGGGAAGAGAUCGGGCACUGCCCGUCGUGUUCGCUCGUCAUCACCGUCGUGUACGAGCCGGAAGACCUGAAAACGCUCAUACCGGAGGGGUUUUGA